AUGCUGAUCUGCUCUGUCACAACUUCCAGCCCAGCAGGACCCCCCGGCCUGACUUCCUCCCGUAUCAAGGAUGGCCCCGACUUCGACUUUAUUGCUUUGGCUUCCCCUUUCCAUGGGACGUACGCCGCCAAUGUUGUUUGUCCACUCCUUGAAGUUGCUGGCGGCUGCUUACCCGCAAUCUGGCAAAUGAUGGUUUGGCGCGAGGGCUCUCGUACCGACGACUACUCGCCCUCUCUCGCCGGCGAAAAGGACAGAGGAGUGCGCAAACAAAUUCUCAGAGAUCCCGAGAGCCUGCUCCUUGCUUUGCCCUCAAUAACUUCCUCUUCAACAUCAUUAAUGCCAUCAACUUCGAAGAGCCUGGCGGUCGAGGUGGACGAUACGAUGAUCAGAGAUACCCAAGAAGAAGAAGGUGAUCCAGAAGAAAACAACGGUCGGUUUCGGACGGAGACGACGCAACCGGACCCCUUUGCCGCUCCGUUCUCCACCCCACCUCGUCGAGGCGGGAUCUUCUUUUCUCCCCCGAGGAGCUUGGACACGCUCACCGCCAAGCGAACCCAAUCCGAAGACCUGACUCACACCAUUCAUCGUGUUUGA